AUGGAGGCUCCCACAGGUGUUCCUGUCGACAAGUUCUCCACCCAUCCAUUAAUGAUUCCCGAGAUCUUAGCUCUUAUUGGUUCAUACCUCCCGCUCUUUUGGCGUCGUUAUGAUUCAUACCAGUACCGCUUUGUGGACCUCUGGGAUCCAACGCACAUUCUCAGUGCAGCCGCAGUCUGCACCACCUGGUACAAUGCCUUCACCCCCGUCUUGUGGCGGACAUAUGACCAUGCCGUCAUGGAGAAGAAAGUCCCUUUGGAAGUCCUGGCUCGGAAUAUCAUGUUUGUCCGUCAUCUCUCCCUGGUCGACAAGACGCACAAAAAACACGCGGACCUGUGGGACGUCCUGAAGAAACACGAACAUAUCGACCGUCUCGAGAUCCACGACGCCGUCUUCCCCGUUAAGCGACUCAUUGGGGCCAAGACUCACACCUUGGUGGAGCUCACGCUCUCUGGCAAUUGCACAAGGAUGCAUCCCUUCCUCCUCAUCUUUCUCGAGCGCCAAGUUUACCUCAAGUCGUUGGAGCUCACUCGCUUCAAGUUCACUGCGUCAGACUGGAAGAGAAUCAUCACCAACAAGCCUCAUCUUCGCAAGCUUACUAUCUCGCAGCAGUGCGAGUUUUUCGACUACAAGAGUGAGCAGGACGAGGACAAAGACGAGGAUGAGAACAAGGACGACAUCAACGAGGUCGAGGCCGAGGACAUAAUGUUGGAGGAUUUUACGGAGACGAAAGUACAUGCGGCCCUGGAGGCAGCUGGCAACAGCACUACGACCAACAACAGUGAAUCUAAGAAACGCAAGACUGAAGACGAUGAAGCAGGUAACAGAGGUUGCAACAAGAGACGCAGACGGACAGAACUCGUGAACGUCAAGCUGCCCGACGCCAAGAAUAUCGGUAUCCUCCCCAUCUCGCACCUUGUCUUGCGUGACAACCGCUUGCUGUUCCCCUUCCAGAAGGUAAUACUCGAGGCCUGCCCGCACCUGGACCAGUUGGAGAUCUGCUACUCACAAAAGGCGGAUGGUGGAAAGGUUGCCACGUUGGUUCGAGAGAAUUGCCACAAGCUCCGUCGGCUUUCACUGCGAAGCACCCGGCAGCCCUGGACCCUCGCGAUGAUCGAGGGAGCUCCCCAGUCGGUCGAGGAGCUGAUUCUGCAUACCGGUCAGCUAGACCUUCAGAUGGCGGCCGCGAUCAAGGACAGGAAGGAAAGCCUGAAGAGGCUAGAUCUGGACUUCGGACAAGGAACCAAAGGCAAGCGGCGAUUGGCGUGCAUCCAUUCGAUUCUCCGGGAAUGCACUGAGCUGCGGGAGUUUACUUACCACAACCAUGCGGACGACAAGGUCUUCAAGGCGAUGAUGCUCAAAAAGUCAUGGAAUCUCCCCAACCUCAAGAAACUGACCCUCCAUGGAGUAUCACCUCGAGCUAAGCAUGGUGGCGUUCCACAGGUCCCCUCUCCCGAGGGAUGGAGACAGCUGUAUAGAGGUCGAAAGGCCCAUUGUUGCAGUUGUCGGUCGUACGAGGAGAUUCGCCAGCAGGGACAUGAGGUGAAAUCUCCGCUGUUCGAUGUCGCUCUGCUGGAACACGUCAGAGACCUGCCCAACCUCUCGGAAGUUGUUAUUACGGAGGCCUUGUACCGAAGGUUGCUGGACUAG